GGAUGAUAUAACAGGGAAGUGUUUGGUUUCACCACUGUGUUAUGAUUUCUGGAUUUCUAAUUGGCAUUGCUACGAGUUUGACUUGCGAAACAAACACAGCCUUAAUUUUUGCUUUGAGAAAGGCAUGGCAGCGACGCAUUUGGGAAGACGAAUAGGCACAGUAGUAAAGGAAAGACUAAGAAGGAAGAAAAGUGCGAAAGGAGGACCAUGGCACGAUUCUCUUAUGUGUGCUGCUUCUCGCGCCAUUACAGAAAGGAUCCCAUUGGUAGAUCUCAUCGUCCAAGUCAGAGAUGCAAGGAUUCCGUUGUCCUCCGAAUGCGAGUUACUCAGAAACUACGUGGAUUCAUCGAGGCAAAUUAUAGCGCUGAACAAAGCUGAUCUCGCCGGUGGACCGGGUUUUCAGGCAUGGACAGAAUAUUUUAGGGAAAGGAACUGCAUAUCUUGUGGAGUCAAUGCUCAUAACAAGGAGAACAUCAAGCAGUUUCUAAGCCUUAUACAACGCCAAGUGAGAAAAUUGAGGAGAACUGAUCAUGGUAAUUAUACUGCAACAGUAAUGUUAAUUGGGAUUCCUAAUGUUGGUAAGUCGGCACUUGCCAAUGCCUUGCAUCAAGUGGGGAGAAUUAGUGCAGCAGAAAAAGGAAAGUUGAAGCAUGCAACUGUGAAUCCAGAGCCUGGAGAGACCAAAGACAUACGAAGCUUUAAGAUUGGUAGCCAUCCCAAUAUUUAUGUCUUAGACACUCCAGGUGUUUUAUCUCCUGAUGUUCCUGAUGUUGAUACUUUAUCUAAAUUAAUUUUAACAGGAGCAAUUGGCAAUUGUUUGGUCGGGAGAGAAGAAAUUGCUCAAUAUUUUCUAGCUAUUCUCAACUCUAGUGAGCAAUACAAGAAAUGGGCAAGGUUAUCUUCCGAGGAUAAUGACAUAUUCUUCCUUAACAGCACAACAGGAUGUUCAACUAGCCCUGUGUUGCAGUUGAAGCAGAAAAAGCAAAUCCCUAUUGAUCACACACAGGAUUGCGUAGUACAGGAUGUUCGACAAACACUUUUUAAAACAAUUUCAUCUUUUGAUGGUAAUAUAAGAUGUGAAGAUGAAAUGGAAGCACUUAUUGCUAGGCAGUUUACUGCCUUGCAGGAAGCUUUCCAGGUUCCAACUGAAUGUGAAGAUGCUCAUGGCAUGGUUGCUGGAAAGUUGCUUAAUCUUUUCAGGACAGGUCGUCUUGGACAUUAUAUUUUAGAUCAUCUUCCCAGAAAUAUUCGCUCAUCAUUGCAGGCCAAUACAUUGUGUGAUAAACUCUAAAUGGAACUACUCAACUUAGUUAUAACUUUUAACCAUAUCUAAUUUUAAAGCAAAAAAUAAUAAUAUGGUUUUGAAUCUGUGUAUCUUCCAUAUUUGGCAUCCAAUAAAUCAUGU